AUGCUUUGGUCCUUGUUUAUGUGUAUUGUCUAUAUCGCGCUGGUGACAGUGGCGGCGGGGUAUAUCUUUGGCGUCCCAGUGGCAAUUAGAGCGUAUGGAAAGGCCGCCAUCGCGUCAGUCAGUAAAAGGGGCUGGAAGAAAAAAGUGCAGAGUGAGGAUUUCAAGCUCUCCUCGACCAUCACCAAUGAGUUCGAGUGGACACCCGAUGCCGGUAAUCUGGCAGCAUACUCCAAGGUGCUGGGUGUACAGGCCAAAUGUAUCGAGAAGUUCGGCGAGAUCCCUGUGCUCUACCCACAGACCCAAAUGUUUAUGAGUCUCAUUGAGCGCUUGUGUGAGGCGGACUAUCCAUUUCCGCUGCUGGGAAUGGUGCAUGUCAGCAACUUUGUGCGACAAGAGCGCGCCCUCCGCGUAGACGAGACCUUCACAUCCAAGUUCAAGGUCUGCGAAGCCGUCCGCAACUCCAAGCGCGGCACCAUAGUCGAGUAUCAGAGCCAUCUGGUAGACGCCGAAGGCCUCAUCCCCUGGACCAGCACCAUGACUGUGCUGCAUGUGCACCGCAACCCACUCACCCCAGACGACGUCAAGAACGCAAUAGAGGUGCCUGUUGAGGGCGACGAUGUGGUGGAGAAGCCCUUCUUGCUGGCCGAGAGCGCGGGCCGCAAGUACGCUGCGGUGUCCGGAGACUACAACCCCAUCCACAUGCACGGCAUGCUGGCUAAGCUCAUGGGCUUCCGCAAGGCCAUCGCGCACGGGCUGUACACCAUCGGCACAGUCAACGCAGAGAUCAUGAACACUACACCCGCCAAGUUCCCCAUCGUAACCCAGGCCUAUUUCAAGCGGCCCGCAUUCCUGCCGUCCAAGAAUGUGGUCCGCACACAGGUGCGCACCGACGGCACAGCCUUCUCAGUCAACUCAAGCGAGGGCAUCUGUCUGGUGGAGGGCGAGAUCAUGCACGCCAAAUAAGCACGCCGAAUAAGCGCGCGGAUUGAAUUUGAUGCGACGCAGACACACAACCGAUCUCGGGAGACUUUGGACUCGAAUCAAGCCCCAAGGAUGAUUACAGGAAUGAUCACGCCAUCCAGUCUGUAUAUAGAUUCGACAACACACAAGUUGACAUAGCUUACUGUUCUCAUCUAUCGACACCGGAUAUUAAAGGGCACGUGUGCUUUGUAGACAUG